AUCAAAGAGUUAAAUAUCAAAAUUGUACAGGUAGCGCCCUCUCGUAACAAUCGCCAGAAAAAUAUACAGAUUCCAUUUUAUACAGGUUUUAAAAUGAAAAUUGCUAUUAUUGGUGCCGGUGCGGCCGGUCUUGCAGCCUUAAAAUAUGGACUUGAACAAGGCCAUGCGUGUACAGCCUUCGAACAGGCGGAAAAUAUUGGUGGUACCUGGAAUUAUACAGAACGGACCAAUAUUGAUGAGUAUGGAUUACCUGUUCAUUCUUCCAUGUACCAAGGAUUGAGAACAAACCUACCGAAGGAAUUGAUGGAAUAUGAGAACUUUCCUUACGACGAAAAUGGAAAAUCAUUCAUAACCCAACCAGAAGUUUUAGAGUAUAUGAAAAAGUUUGCUAUUCAUUAUAAUCUCUAUCCUCAUAUCAAGUUUUUAAGGCAUAUUAUUGAAAUCGAUCCUCUACCCGAUGAAAAAUGGAAAAUCAAAGAAAAGGAGCUUAAAUCGCAAGAAAUAACAGAACAUAUUUUCGAUGCAGUUAUGAUUUGUGUGGGAAACUAUUCUACUCCCAGAAAUUCCAAUAUUCCUGGUGCCAGUGAAUUCACUGGUCGAGCUAUUCACAGUCACAAUUACAGAAAUUCAGAACCAUACAAGGGAAAAAGAGUUUUAGUAAUUGGAGCUGGACCUUCGGGUGUCGAUAUUGCAAGAAUUGCGGAUAAAGUAGCUGAAAAGGUUUAUAUUAGUUAUGGCAGUACAAUAUUCUGUAAAGCUGAGGCCUGUGUAGUACACAAACCAUUAGUUGAAAAAUUAACAGCAAACACAGCUAUCUUCGAGGAUGGUAGUGAAGAAGUCAUCGAUGAUAUCAUAUAUUGUACUGGAUAUGUGUAUUCCUACCCAUUUUUGACUCCAAAAUGUGGCAUAGAGAUUGACAAUAAUUGGGUAAAAUAUUUAUAUAAACACAUAGUCAAUAUUCAAAAUCCUACUAUGGGAUUUAUAGGAAUUACUUUCAAAGUAUGUCCAUUUCCAACAGUUGACAUUCAGAUUCGGUUUUUCCUUGAAUUCAUCAAGAACACUAACCGAUAUUCCCAAGAAGAAAUGAUGAAGGAUAUUUUGAAGGACGUAGGCAGAAGGAAAGAACAAGCGAUGCCUAAGCACCAUAUUCACAAAAUAGGAAUGAAAUUCCAUCGUCAGUACUUCAACGAUUUGGCAGAUACUGUACACAUAAAAAGAGUGAGACCUGUUAUCCAUAAUCUCUAUGAGCAUUUGGCGGACAGUAGGGACAUUAAUAAGAGAUACAAAAUUGUAAAUGAUGAUGAAUUUUUGGAAUAUUAUUAGAUGUACAAGCGAAAUGUACAGGGUGACAGUUUAUAUUGAAAUGAAAUUUUGUGAUUAAAAAUACGGGGUGUCCCCAAAAAAAGUU